AUGUUUAAGAAACGUAAAAUUUCAAAAUCUUCACUUUCUCAACAAAUUUCAGUAAGAUCUAAAGACUCAGAACCCUCUCCGGCAAAAGAACCCCACCCAGAACUUCAAGAUGACUUGCCACCGCCACAAGACGCGUUAGAUAAAAAUUCAGAUCCAAUCCAAGACUCUGCCAACAAACAACAAGACGAUGACGACCCAUCAGAGCCUGUGGUAAAACGGCGGCGUGCCAAUAAUACACGUCCAGUAUCUUCAUCUUCAUCUUCCUCCAAACCCAAACUUGCAUUCUCGGAUUCUCAAUCAACCUCAUCCACUUCAUCAUCAUCUUCUUCCUCCUCCUCCGUAACCACCACCAUAUCAACAGACCCUCCAGUGGUGGCAAGAUUUGGACCAUCACGAAAGCUAGCGGCUCAGAAUGCUGGGGUUGCAGGAGCUGGUGGUGUGCUCACAGAUUAUGCGCCUGAUGUGUGUAAAGACUAUAAGCAAACAGGGUUCUGUGGGUACGGCGAUACGUGCAAGUUCUUGCACAUGCGUGAAGAUUAUGCUGCUGGAUGGCAGAUUGAUCGCGCGUGGGCUGCACAGCAAAGUGAACGGGCGGCCGGCGAAAAAAUAAGAAAAGAAAAGGGAGAAGAGGAAGAUGAAAGCAAAGAUAAGCAGCAGAGUAACGUGGCGACCGUGUGUCCGGUGUGCUUGGGCCCGCUGGCGGCGCCUGUCAUUACUAAAGAGUGUAGUCAUGUAUUUUGCGAAAAGUGUUUCUUGGCCGAGUUUAAGAAACGACAGGAGUGUAAGGUCUGCGGCGAGUCUUUGAGUGGUGUUGUAUCGCCAUACCGUCCAGCCAAAAUUCAAUAA